AUGAUUGCAUCGCACAUGUCGUAUCCGGACGAUUUGGGAUUGGAGGAACUGGCGGAGAUUGCGAUUGAAUCGCUGAUGACCAUUGAGAUCCGAAAGUGGUUCCGGCGACAUCUAGGACUCGACAUCUCGCUUGUCGAGAUUGGUAAUGCGGGCACAGUGGGGGAACUGAGUCGCACGACGCUCAAGAUUAUGCGCAAGAAACAUCAAGCGGGCGAGUUGACGCGACAUAAGGACGGCCAGUUCGGCAGAGGCGAAGUCGUCCAAAUAGGUCUGCAGGAAGCAGAUGAACACCGGUUGUGCCUGGAGGAUCAGGCUCUGACCCGCGACUUCCGACCAAUAGGCCCCAUGAUACCCUGCUGGCGCUCUGAAGCCGAGGGACACGUUUUCCUAACGGGAGUAACCGGGUUUGUGGGCGCCUUCCUACUCGGCCUCCUCGCUGGCCUGCCGGAAGUCAAAGAGGUCGCCUGUUUCGUCCGCGCCCCUGAUGCUGACGCUGGAAUGGCUCGGAUCAAGAAAGCAAUGUCCAAAUACAGCUUUUCAUGUAACAAUAUGGCCAAGGUAGUAGCUGUGCCAGGGGACGUGAGUGCCUCAGCGCUCGGGAUGGGAGAACAAUACUUCGAGUACUAUGCGCGGCGGUCUAGUGUUGUCUUUCACCUCGCUGCCCGCAGCAAGUACACACUGCCCUACUCUGCUCAUCGGGCUAUCAACGUCGAAGGAACUGUCAAUUUAGUAUUGACUACAGAUGUAAGAGUUGAAAAUGGAACGUCCUUGGAGUUGAAGAUUUAUUCAUACCAAUGGCCAGCAAUAGCACGCGCUCUUCAGCCUAUUGUGUCCUUCUUGUUUUUGAAGGCAAUAACAUAG